AUGCGCACUUUUAGGAGUUUCAUUUUUCGGUGCCGAUUUGCAGAAAAGGCUCGACGUCCUGUGGAGAUGGAAGCGCAGAAAAAGAGAAUUGCAAAAGUGGUUUCUGUUGAUGAAGACUGGCAGACAACAAGAUCAGCCAUACGAGAAAGGAUGGAGUAUGUAUUUGACAAUAAGUUGUUAAGCGACGUGAAAUUUAUUGUUCCGAGAUGGCGAGAUUCCAAUUUGUUCACCACUGAGAUUUCAGCUCACAAGUUUGUGCUGGGAAUUAGCAGCCCAGUAUUUUUUGCAAUGUUCUAUGGAAAAAUGGCGGAGAAAACAGACUCAAUUACAUUACCAGACUGUGACCGAGCCAGUUUAACAGAGUUGUUCCGCUACAUGUACUUCGACGAAGUAUCAUUGUCAAGCGAGAAUGUGAUGCGGGUUUUGUAUUUGGCCAGGAAAUACAUGGUGCCUUCGCUCGAGGAGAAGUGCAACGCAUAUUUACAAGAAGAAUUGAACGCUAAUACUGUACUGGACAUUUUGCAGGAUGCUCAAAAGUUUGGUGAUGAAGAUGUGGAAGAACGAUGCUUGAAGGUGUUGAAAGCUCAAACGAAGGAAGCUCUGUCGUCAUACACUUUAGAAAAACUUGACAGUUCUCUCUUAGAGUCGAUUGUGAAAAUGGAUGGUCUAAAUGUAAGAGAAGUGGAAUUGUUCAAAGCAGUUGAUCGAUGGGCAGCAAGACAGGGCCGAAUUAAACGUAUUGCACGUAAAAAACUGCCAGAUGGAGGGGAAAAGAGAGAAAUAAUUGGAGAGGCAAUUCUAAAGGCGAUUCGUUUUCCCUUGAUGUCUUUGAAAGAAUUUGCUUCAACUGUAAUUGACAGCAACAUUCUUACAAUGAAAGAGAUAUCUGAAAUGGUAAAAUACUACGCUGACGUCUCCAUUUCGCCUUUAUCCUUUGAACAAGCUCCAAGGAUAGGGCCUUUCAAGCGAUGCUGUAGAUUUGGUAGGUUGGUGUCAGUGGAGGAAGGACGAGGAUGGUACUAUCGUGGCUCCAGCAACGAAAUUCGUUUUAGUGUUACCAAAGAUGUUAUCUUACACGGAGUUCAGCACUUUGGAAGUGAAGAUGGCAAGUACGAGGUGUCCGUCAAAAUUAAAGAUCUUCGUAAAAAUGAUUCCUUCCUGUCACAUUCUUACCUUACUGAGCAGUCUGGGUCAUAUUUGUCAUCUAAAGAAAACAACGAAACUUUCCAUGGCUUUGAUGUCUUGUUUGACAAAGCAGUUGCCUUGGAAAGCGGUACAACAUACGAGAUAGUAUCAAAUAUCAGAGGCCCUGAUUCUUGGUAUGGAUUGGAAGGAAAACCAACCGUUGAGUGCUAUGGGGUCACUUUUACCUUCAGCCGAGCGUGCAGUUUUGUAAGCGAUGUUUCAAGAGGCCAGUUUCCUGCUCUUAUUUUCACUGUUUAUGUAUGA